AUGUCGGGGUCUCCUCCGGAAGAGGAGCCCUCGCAGACAUCCGCCGAGAAACCAAGAGCCCAACCGACAUCUGAAUCCGUAACAUCUACUACGGUCGAGGAGACAGGUACCGGGCCGUCACAGCAGCUGCCUGCAGUUAGUGAGGCUCUGCCUUCACGAGCACCACUACCAGAGCAUGGAGAGCAAAGUGCGUUGCCGCCGUUGUUGACCUCAUCUUUGCCUCCGCCAGGUCCGCCAUCAUAUCCAGCGCCGACGGUGGGAGGCUCUACGCCGGUAACGACGGUCCGCUCAUUAGGCCCUAGGCCGACGCGCCGAACAAAAGCGCAUGUGGCUUCGGCCUGUGUUAACUGUAAGAAGAAGCAUCUCGGAUGUGAUUCAGCACGCCCAUGUCGACGAUGUGUUCUCGCUGGCAAAGCUUCAUCAUGUGUGGAUGUUACGCACAAGAAACGAGGACGGCCACCGCUCAAAGCGGAGGACUCUUCUCUCCAGACUUUUACCACACAACCAGAAGCCCCCUCUGUUCCGGGGGUGGAGGCUCAGCCAGCCGCACACUCACGGCGCAAUCCUAUGCACCGCGCCACGUCUUCACGCGAAAUACGGCCUGUGACGGAUCUACGGACAUUGGGGGAAGCUGGCUCCCCUGUGAUCGGAGGGGGAGUGCCGCGCGACCAGCCGCAACGAUGGUCGGCUUCUGUCUUUCCUCUAACCCGGCCCAUGGGCCCUGCUCCGUCGAUUCCGGGAGCUGCAGCUCGACGACCAUUUUCUUCAGGAUCAGCAGUCCCGCCGGCACUGAGCCAACCGCCGCCUGCCUUUGCCUCGAUGGCAGGAGGCUUCCACCCUAUUCUAACAGGUAGCAUGCCAGCUGGCAUGGAAAGACGGUUCCAUCCGUAUAUUGGGCCAGCAUUGCCACCACCUACAUCUCCGUCUCAGCAUCAACCAUCGCUUGGGGUUCCUCUGCUCCCAUAUUCCGACAUUCGACCUCCGAUGGGUGAUCCUCGCCUUGCUCAUACCACCCGUGAAGGGCACAUUGACUCACCAGUUCGGCUUCCCCCAAUUCACCAAGCAACGGCCAGACCUAGCACGCCUCAUCAUGCACACCGAUUGAGCGAUCCAUAUCCAACCACUUGGGCUCUCUCUGGUCGACAGGAAAGUCUGCAAGAACUUCGGCCGGCAGAUUCGCUUCAUCGACCCGUAUUUUCACAUCCAUUCUCCCAUCAACGAUCUUCUUCAACGGCAGGCCCUAUCGAUCCUACACCUAGACAUACCGGACCAAUUGAGCUGCCUUCCGCAGCAGCUCCAGGCCAAUCCCCUUCGACGGGCACCCGAAUUGAACCGUCAAGCACCGAAGCCGAAAGCCAGGAACCACGCCCUGUUAAGCGACGAAGAAUGGCCUUGGAUGACAUGGUGAACGACUAG